AUGCUGUUUAUCAGUACCUCUAAUCCUUCCCAAGGUGGAACCAAGAGAUACUCCAUCCCACCCGGAAUAUUCAAUUUCUUGUUGAUUGGCUUCCCAGCACUUACAGCGGUCGCUUCGAUAUUCCUGAUCGUACACAAGGCGAGCCUUGUUCAAAAACAAGAUGUCUCAUACAACGUCCUAAUCAACCUACUCACAGAUGCGGCCAAGCUAUGGGAUGGAGGAGAGAAAAUUCUAUCAGAAUCUCGAAACUUUCUGCUUCAAGCAACUUACGAAGUCUUCUCACUAGAUACUUUCCUGAAAAACAGAAGUAGGAUCCGCAUUGGUUUAUUUUGGGCGUUCAUGGCUAUCCCUUCCAUACUGUUUUAUGUCGGCGGUGUAAUUGCAUUGGUUACCACAGUUUAUCAGCCCAUCAAGACUCCCAAAAAAUUGCAGCCAGCAAACCUCAAUCCAAACGAGAUCAAAACAGUCGGUAAUGAGAUGGAAAAUGGCCCUAUCAUACUGGGCAAAGAUGGUUCGAGGAAACUUUCACGGAGCCUCAAAUUUUUGUGGUUACAUUACUUCUCAAUGUCUAUGGCGCUCUCAAUGGACGCGGCAACCAGCAUGGUUUUCUAUCUUAACAAAGAUAACCUCAAAGAUAUCAGAUUAGCAAGGAAAUUUUUUGUGACAAACUUGUCUAGCUCAAUUUUCACUCUUGUUGCAAUGAUUAUUCUACUGGCUCGAAUAAUUGGCGAUGGAAAAGAAGCAAAGAAUUCAGCUUCUAAUUGCACCAGCGGGUUCACUGAGAGCAAUUACUCUGCAUCGAAGGUGGCGCCUGGAAACAAGCAGUACAUGUGA